AUGAGGUCCGUCUCCUCGUGUGGGUCCCGCAGAGGCCCGGUUGUUGCCUCCAAUCACAAGAAGGGAAAGCGAGAGCGUACAGCAAAACAGAAAAGACAAGUAUUUUGUGAAGUUUUAAAUGCAGUUAUUCGCCCGCUUGACGUCCGCCAAAAAGCCACGGAGAAGACACGAAGAGCUCAAAGCUUUUGGUGGUGGAGUGGGGUGGAGGGUGGCUCCGAUCCAUCGUGCGACCUCGUCAUCGCCCUCGCGGGAGCCGCUUUUUCUCACGCCGUGAUCGGAGAAUCCAAAUCGGGUUCUCUCGCUUGGCUCCCGUCUUCCUGGAAGGGCACGGAAUCGCCAAAAUCGUGCAGCAGGGACACAAUGUUGGACACAAAUGCAGGCCACAUGUUCCUGCAAAGUAUCUAGUCAGGCUGAAAUAUCAAAAUGAUGUACGCAACCAGAGGUAGACUAUUCUUCAUGGAGCCUUUUUAUGAUCACGAGCACUGUUAUGGGCAAUAUGUAAAUUCAUUAAUAUUACUUAUUGUGCACCAUUUUAGUACUCCAGCCUGGUUCUCUAGUAUCUGAAACUUGCCUUGCCAAAUAUGUUACUGAUAUAUCACAAUGGUAGCAUUUUGCACUGAUGGAUUUUUUUUCUCCCCCCCUAAAUUGUUAUGGUUCUUGCAUUGGUAAACUUAAA